AACGUAAUCCGAUGAGAGAGGGUGUCUCUUAGGGAGAAAGCACUUUAUGAGUGAAACAAUUAAUUCAUACACGAGUUCUGAAUUGCUGCAUGGCUUUCGGAUACAGCCACAGCGCACAAAGACCUUUCACCAAAUGAUGUGUGAUGCGAGGCAUAGCGAGAGCCCGAAUAGAGCGAGCUUACGGGAGAGAGACCGAGGUAGCAUCUGCUGAGCUUUGUAGUCAAACCUAUAGGGGGACUGUUACCAAUGGGAGGAAAGAAAUCUAAGUAUCAAAAUAUUGAGGGUAAAUGCACGUCAGACAAAGAUGAAGCUUACCAAAAGAAGGGAGGGGAUCCUAACCCUGACGACUACGAGAAGUUGUACUUUAAGGCGGAGUUUACGGCGAUGGACAAGGAGAACCGAGGGAAACUGACCACCUCGGAGUUCGUCAAACUAAUGAUGUUCCUGGGGUACGGAGAACGAUGGAAAGUAGAUGAGCUGUUGAAAGCUGUUAAUCCAGAAGGAGAUGGGUAUAUAACCAUUGAUGAGUUCUACUCAGCUAUGAAACGUCCUGGAGUCACAGAAGGCACAUCGCGACUACGAGACAUAUUCUUCAAGUUUGACGACAACAAAGACGGCCGAGCAACGAAGGAACAGAUUCUGCAAGGCUUUGCAGACAUGGGAAUUGAAGUUGACGACGAAAUCAAGGAAAAGAUCAACAAACUGGAUACCAAUAACGAUGGUAAAGUGGCCUAUCAGGACUUUGUAAAAAGCCAGCUGUUGACGAAAGGAGUCCUCAAGUAGCAAACGACAAUUAGGAGAAAUUUAUACUUACAAAUGACUAUUCUCCGGGUGCGGCUACAUGUGUGCAAUGAAGGAUAUUUUUCGGUGUCAUGGGCAAACGUGUUUAUAAUUACAUUGAAAGAGCUAGGAC